GAAAACUUACGCAAUCCCCUGGCCAUCAUGAAACAUUAUGUCGUGGGCCAACGCAAUGUUAAUGGAUGGACUUAUUCUGAGUCAACUUUUCCUUGCCUUGCCACUUACAAAAGUAUAAAAAGCCUGCAGCGGGCACUCCAGAGUAUCCUCCAGCCUCCCCGACGCAAGAUGGACCGCCAACUUUUCAGCGCGUCUUUUCUGCUUCUUUUCCUCCUCAUAGUCCUGGUUCCAUCGACCGGAAACACCUUGCCCAUCGAGAAUAAUGGAUGUCAGUGUAACCCUACAACCUUACCUAUCUCACCAAGAAGUAUUAAUUCUGUACAUUUAAUCCAGUCAGGACAACAUUGCAGUGUUCUGCAAGUCAUAGCUACCAUCAAGAAUGGGACCAAAGUCUGCCUGAAUCCAGAACUUCUAUGGGUCAAGCGCAUUGUCCAGGUUCUCCUGAACAGGGAAAACAACUAACAAGCUAUGCAAAAUGGAUGCAAUGGAAGAUGGGAGAAAGAAAAAAUGCUAGAAAAUUGCAUAGAAGAAAGAAAGAGCUUGCUGCCGUUGUUGAUUUUAUAAGAAAUCUUUCAAACGCUGUUUUCUUGCUUUGCAUCAUCAUACAUUAAAUGUACAGCAGGUGGCAGCAUCUAACUGAUCUCUGAUACUAAGUGGUACAAUCCCUGAUUGCUGCAGGAUUAUCUAGGUAUUCCAGGAUUGUUAGUAAGAGUGUGGAAAAUCAGGAAAACAAAAUAAAAACCACCAUCAUAGAAGGCUAUAGUAAAACAUUUCUGUAACCUUGUUAAGAAAAUUGUGUUGAUGUCCUCAUCAGAAUUGGAGCUGAUUGUUUUGUAUGCAUCUUCAUCUUUGCUUUUGACAUUUUAAUAGUUGCUUUUCUGGUUUCUUUUGAAUUGGAGAGGAAAACAUGUACAAUAAAUAAUUUUUUUUCUUAAUCUUAA